GGGAGUUGCAUAGAGACGGACCAUUAGAAAAGUGAAUUGAAGGGGGGGGAGGGGUGGAAGGUUUCAGUCGUGCAUGUUUUUCUCAAGACGUGCAUAAUUUUUUUUUAUCGUUGUAUGCAUUUUUUCUUUCUGGUUUUGGCUGCAUGCAUUUUUUCCAGGCCUUUCAUCGUGUAAGAAUUGAUUUUGUUCCUAACCUUCCCCCACUUCACUUUUUUAAUGGCCCGUCCCCUAUUUGGGGAGGCGCUUAUUCUAUCAGCUUAGGGUGACGCUAACUCGAGGAUGGGCGCCAAGCAACUUGGACGCCGACGGCAGAGAGAACGUAACCCCCAAAACGUUUUCAUGCUUUGCGCUCAAUUCUAAACAAGUUUUGAUAAACUUCACUCGUUUUUAUAGUCCCCCAAAAAAUAGAGACAAGCCUAAAACCUUAUUUUUAACAUAGCGAACAAGGAUAUAGUCUAGUUUUCAGCGCACACGUUUCAGCCCUUUGGUCUAGCUCAGCGGCGUUGCCAAGACUAUUAACAGGAGGGGGCCCAAAACGUCUCGUACAUUGACUGUAGUUUUGGAUACUAGAAGGGGGGGACCUGUAGCUAUACCGUAAAACUUGAAAGGGAAAAGGCUGAAAUGAAUCAGAAUUAAUUUCGAGUACAUUUCACGUCUGGCUUGAAUUUUCCAUUUUUUUUUCUUUUUGCCGUCGCUGUUCGCGUUGCGGUCGUCGUUGCUUUAAUUCCCUAUUUAUUAUCUAGUGCUGCUUCGUUCUUUCCUAGCUCUAAUUUCCACCUCCAAUUUCUAUCUCUCGGCUCUCCUUUUUUCUUUAUACUUUUUUGCCUGGGCCGUCACAAUUCUUACCGACCACAGAAAACCCGGACAGAAGUCUCUGUAAGAGCUCCGGGGACUAUUUUCAUUGAAUAAUAAUGCCGCAAGGUCUCGAAAUAUGAGGGUUGCAUAACCCUUUUGUGUAUCUUGGUAUUUGUUUAUUAAAGAAGCAUUCCUUUGACAAGUCUCGUCUUAUUUAAAGAAAUUCUAACAUCGAAUCUUCGCCUUUUUACUGAGAAGAUACGUAAGCCGACUUUUGUACUUCUGUAAAUGGCUGCCCUACACGAUCCUCCAGCAGCAGAAUUAGCUGCUUUGGCUGAUCCUGCUAUCGCCGUUCCAGCGGACCCGCCUGUCGAGCCAGAGAGAGCCGAGGGAAACGAGUACAUUGCUUCAGAAGCCAACCCAGCCGACGCCCCCUCACGCACCCUCUCGGAUCUAGACACCAUGUUAAGCCCACAAGCGUCAGUAGAAACAGCUUUUGGCCCCCAUACCGUCGACCUGAUAUCCCUACCAGAAAACGCGAAGUUCGACCUAUCGGGCCGCCGUCUGUGGUUCUUCUCUCCAUUCCCAUGCGCAGAAGCCGGAGGAACCAAUGUUUUCUCGCAAAACCUCGAACCCUGGGAAAACGCGUACGUUUUUCUCCCUUUCACACUUGUUGGCCCUCUCGUCAGAUACCUCAAAGCCUCGCAGCUGCGUACUUACACCCUUAUCGCCUCGGACAUUUCUCCAAGAAAGUACUGGUGGCCCCUUGUUACGCAAAACUCCACUGCAGCCUUUAAGCUCGGCAUCAAGGGCAACAAACACACCCUCCUGUUCCCGUCCAAAUCAAGUAACGCUGCGUGGAUCGAGAAGCCUUUACAAUGGGAUUUGUGGGUUUUCCGCUUUGUGCAAAUGUCCUGCCCCUCGUACCGAGAAUGUGGGUCCAGGCGGUUCAAUGCCCCGAGUGUAGCUACCCCAACGAUUAGACAUUCGCCUUUUGUCAGCGCUGUGGCUACAGAAGAAAGACUGAGCAACAUGAAGGCAAAAUGACAAAAGUCCCCUUAAAUCUUGAAGCCAUUGAAAACAGACUCGACGAUCUGCGAGGGAAGAUCCGCAAAAAGCCAUAUCAGAAACAAAAAGCAAGCCUCCAAGUAGAAUUUGAGCGUUUUUUGUACUCUCUCCCCUGUCAAAAAACUCUCACAUCUGCCUCUCCCUCGGACAUAACGAGAUUUCUUGUCUAUAAAGACCGUAAGGGGAGGACCAAAAUACACACUCCAAAGUGCAAAUACUUUGGAUCUACAAGUAAAAGUCACUGAGCAUGCCCUAGCAGAUUAGCAGCAGGUACAGUAGACAGCACUAUAGGGAAGUUAAGGUCCAUCUUUAUCGAAGCAGGAAGGGGGGGCGAAUGGAACAACAUGCUCGGAGUAGGUAACCCAGCCGCACACCACUCUGUAAAACAGUACCUUUCCUCCGUUCGCGAAGAACAAGCUAGCGCAUUAAUCUUCCAAAAACAGGCUGUUCCAACAUUCUUUGACAAGAUGUCUUAACUGUGCGCAUACCUUAAAUCUCUAGUGUUUUCCCCGAGCUGCACCGCGCCCCAACGUUACACUUAUGUGCGCGAUAUGGCUUUCUUUUGCCUAGACUUUUAUACUGGGGAUGGGGGCUCAGACUUAGGCAGGGUAUUCACGAAAGAAGUCGCACUACUCCCGGACAAGCAAGGCUUUUUUGUUCUGUCACACUUUUGGAAAGACACUAAGGGGUGGUGGGAAAUCCAACACCUUCUAGAUAAAAAAGUGUUUAGACAACAAGGUAUUCCUCGUGUCAAACCUAACCGUCUAUAUAAAACUAUGUGAUUUGAUGGGCAUCAACUUGAGGUAUGGUUAUCUGUUUCGAGUUCUAUCCAAAAACAACGAAGUAUCAGACGAUCCCUUCGUGGGUUCAGCAAUAGCAAACCGACUUUCUUUACACCUUAAGUCGGCUGGUAUUCAUAAUGGGGAAACGAUGCAUAGCUUUCGUAGCGGAUGCUCCAUCACUCUCUCACUACUUGGAGUACCUUACGAGGAAAUAGCUCGACAUGUUGGUUGGUCGUCAGUCGUAACAGCGGAGUACUACACCCAAAAAGACAAAGUAAUGAACGCCGGCACAACAGCCUCAACACUAGCAGCUAGCACAACCCCUUCCAUUGGCGAGGCGCCUGCUGCCUCCACAUUGACCCGAAUAUUCUCUGAGAAAAACGAGCUCACGGGCCUCUCCUUGGCUUUCCCCUAAAAGUUCCGCUCAAUAUCCUUCUCUAGGGGAAAGGGUUUGAUUUUCUGAGUUUUGGGAAAGGUAUCCUCUCUUUUUCUGUUCUUUCAGGUAAAUCAGCCCUUAGUUUAAUAACGUUAAGCUGUAGGUAGAGUCAUCCGGGGUCAACUCAUUUCCCAUAACUAAACCCCCUAUGAUCGAGACAAUGAGCGGCCUGGUUACUUCAAUAAAAAUCAUUCACUACCUUAUUCUGCUUAAUUUUCGCGCGUACUUAAAUUCGUUUCUCGCGAUUGCAAAAAAAAUCGCGAACUUAAAGACUCGCGAAAAAUAAAGACCGCGAACUUUGAUCUCGCGAAAAUUAAUGAUAGAAAAAUCGUUGAAGGCUCAUCUUUAUGUGAGGACAUGUAUUUCAAAUUCAGCUGCCGCUUAGGGACAGCGCGUGGGUUUUUUUUUUAUUUCAAUUAUAUUGGCCUUGUUUCAGGUGUCGGUCACCUUUAUUUUCUUGUGAAAACUUGAACCUCAAAUAAUUCACGAAAUUUAAUCCCUGCAAACACAAUUUUUCUCCGCGAUCGCGCAAUUAAAGACUCUCGAAAUGCGCCGAGAAAAUUUUCGCGAAAUUUAAGAUGCGCAAAAAUGCGGUUUGUACAAACUCUGACAAAUGACCGAACUUAAUCCACCAAAAACAUUCUGCUACUUCGAAGGGUUUUGUUCUUCGGACUCAUUGUUCAAUAUAAAUACCACCACACACUGGCCACUCUACGAUUUCAAAGGCUUUUAAAGAACGAACAAUGCAAAGUAAAACAAAAUCAAAGGCGACAAUUUUGAAUGGCAUUGGGUUGAAAAAAGAAAUGAAAAUUACGACUCCGCAAGAUAAUAAAUCUGACAAUUUUUAUUUAAAACAUUUAGGUCGAGAUAUAUAUUGAAAACACGCAGUCAAAGCAUGCGGUUGCUCGUAGUUUAGUCUUGGCUAUUUGCUUUUGUAAGCAUUGUUCCCUCAAGAAAAAAGCAUUGAUAUCUGGGUUACUUACAAUUUUAAAUGGCAUUGGGUUGAAAAAAGAAAUGAAAAUUACGACUCCGCAAGAUAAUAAAUCUGACAAUUUUUAUUUAAAACAUUUAGGUCGAGAUAUAUAUUGAAAACACGCAGUCAAAGCAUGCGGUUGCUCGUAGUUUAGUCUUGGCUAUUUGCUUUUGUAAGCAUUGUUCCCUCAAGAAAAAAGCAUUGAUAUCUGGGUUACUUCAAAUGCAUCACUGAUAGUUUGAUAAAUGACCCGUCAACAGAUUGUAACCUGAUCUAAACGGUUUAUUUUACGAAAAUAUACUACUCGUGCCGUGCACGAAGCUGUUUAGUAUUAUGCAAAACGGGUGAGAUCGUUCCGGCGUUCAUUUGAAAAAGCAGAAACAAAUUAAUAUUUGUUUAUUCAGUACGCACCAAUGAAAUCGAAUGGUUCUAAAUAUACGGGGAUAUUUGCAUACAGCUUGUUCGAUCCUUUCGGUAAACUCUACUUUGCAAGGAUGACAGAAACAUCGACGCGGGAAACUGAAACUAUCAGUUACGUUUAGUUCAGCGGCGAAUUAUUUAGCUUUAAGCUGUUUUCUAUCCGAGUUCAAGGAAUAUUUCUCGACGCGUGAGUUACGGUGUGUAGUUUAUAACUGGGUUAUAACACGACCUUCUGUCACGAACGAGCUACAAGUGCCAAGCGAACAAGAACGUUACAUUGUUUACACUGUUUUUGCAGCUA